AUGGCGCCAGGCGAAGGACAGCAGUGCUUUUCCGAGCUCCUCCGCUGCCACAAAGAACUCGCCGGCUCCCUUGAGGCCUUGAACCGGACCUAUGGCAGCAUCAAAGGCGCUCUGGAGAAGAUGCCAAGUCUUUGGCCGGAGCUCGGCCCGCUGGAGGAUCUGCCACGCGCAGAGUUUGCUGUGUCCUCGCCCUCCCAUGUCAAGAACAAGGUCGAGAUCGAGGAGAAAUUCCAGCUGACCAAGGAGGGAGUGCCGACACUGACCAGGAACUUGAACGCCCGCAAGACCCCCUUUGCCAAGAUUCGAACGGGCACGGUCUCGUUGGGCAAGUCAGGCGUCCGACUCCUGGACGACUGGAGCGAGAGCUUCGUCAUCUGCGAGCAGGAAGCCACGAACAUCUACACCAACCUCUACGGCGAGAAACACCAGAGUAGCAAGCAGGCGUUCUCCAGCGUUCGGAGCAGUGUGGUCCGGAAGAUUGGUAGGGAGAUCUGCAAACGAGAGACCUUAGUCUCGAGCUGGAACUACAUCUGGGAGAUUAUCACCCUGGUGCUCGUCGUUUUGGACACCAUAUUGAUUCCGAUUACGCUGGCGUGGCCCGACUCGGCACUUUCGCCGAGCCCGACCUUCUUCUACUUCCAGGCCGGGCCCUUUCUUUGGAGCUUCGACAUUCUCAUGAGCUUUGUCCCGGCAUCUUUAGAGAAGGAACUUCCGGCCAAGCUGCAGAUGGCCAGGAAGUAUGUGUGUUCCAGAUUCCCGAUCGAUGUGUCCCUGGUAGUCUUGGACGUCGUUCUGCUCUUGGGCGUGCUGGAGGAGCACUUUCGCAUCUUCACCUUGCUGCGGCUGAUUCGGAUCCUGAAGCUGAAGAGAGUGCUCACGGUCUUCGAGAACCGCCUCGUUGCCGCGGGAAACAUGAAAGCUGUGCCUUACCUGACAAUUCUCCAGUGCAUCGCGACGGUGCUCGCGGUCAACCACGUGCUGGCGUCCUUGCUGUUUUAUGUCGGCCGGAUGGGGACUCGCAUUGAAGCCACGAGCAACUGGGUCGAUUUUUACGAGAUGUCCUUCCGAAGUCCACUCUCGCAGUAUAUGACCUGCUUCAAUUGGGUAAUCGCUGAGUAUACGCCGGCGCCCUUCCCCAACCAGCCGCAGAAUGAAGUGGAGCAGUUGCUCAUCAUUGUGAUCAUCCUUACCUGUCUGCCCCUCUUGGGCGCCCAGAUCGGCAAGAUCGGUGGUACGCUGAACACGAUGAAAGAGAAGGCACGUGAGCGAGACAUGGUUCGGCGAGACCUCCAGCGGUUCCUACAACGCAAGAACGCCCCAACUCGGCUGACCCGGCGAAUGCUGACGUCACUUGACGAUGUUCUGGACUCCAAGGACUCGCCCCUGAACGUGAAGGAGCCGAUCGCCUUGAAGUUCCUGCCCAGUAGCCUCCUCGACGAGCUCCGGGUCGUAAAGAUGAGCGAGAAGCUCGACGCCCACAUGCUCUUCUCGAUGCUCAUGGACGAGCGUCUGGGGCUUGCUGGUCGCCUCAGCGCCGUGUUCCGGGAAGUCAACGCGGUGCAGGGGGAGAACGUCUUCACCAACGGGCGGCCGGGUGAAGGCGCGUCCGGGAACUUGUGCCGAGCGCGCCGCACACAAAGGCGAGACAUUGGGUUCGUCAGACUGUCGGAGCGACAGCAUGGAAGCCGUGCUCGCCAAGUAGCACACCUGUCAGCUGAGACGCGGAGAGGCCUCUACAUUACACAGAGCGGGCGCUUCGCCCUGAGCCAGUCGAAGGGCGCCGCGAGGGAGCGCUGA